AUGGUAAUUACUACAAAUCAUUGGGUUUCAUCUGCUAUAAAUAAUAACAAUAAAACAAAAUAUUUAAUACAAUUUAAUCAUGAUUAUAAUAAUUAUUCAGAUUUUUCACAAGAAUUUAAACCAAUAUGGGUUAGUUUAUCAUUGAUUAGCAUUAUUAUAUUCACUAUUAGUGGUAAUAGUCUUGUUUGUAUUGCUGUUAUACGUGAAAGAAAUUUACAAAAUACAACAAAUUAUUUUUUAACAUCCCUUGCAUUUACUGAUUGUCUUGUAGCAUGUCUUGUUAUGCCAUUAGCUGUUACUGUUGAAUUUAUUGGACAUUUUCCAUUUGAUGCAUUAGCUUGUAAUGUUUGGUCAACAUUUGAUGUUUGUUGUUGUACAUCAUCUAUUUGGCAUAUGAGUGUUAUGUCACUUGAUCGUUAUCUUACAUUAAGAUAUCCAUUAAAAUAUGGACGAAAUAAACGACGAAGUUUAAUGGCUUAUAAAAUAAUAACUAUUUGGUUGAUAUCAUUUGCCAUAUGUUUACCAUUAUUUAUUCUAAGUAUUGUUGAUUCGACAAAUGUAUAUGAUGAAAAAGCACGUGCAUGUUUUCCAUCGAAUCGUAUAUUUAAACUUUAUGGUUCAUUUGUUGCUUUUUUUAUUCCAUUAAUUAUUAUGAUUGUUACAUAUGCAUUAACAAUGACUGCAUUACGCCAAGCUCAUACAACAAAAAAAAAACGUUAUAAGGGUCGAAAAAAAAUUCAUGCUGUUAUUAAUAUAGCUGCAAUGGCCGUUCGAUGGAAACGAGCUGUUAAUAAUGUUGAAAUAUCAUCUGUUGAAAAAACAACAUCAAUUAUACCUGAUCAAGAAACUCAAAUAUUAACUAAGAAAAUACCUAUAAAUUAUGCACUAAGACGUGCAUCAUCAUUACGUACACCUGUACAUACACCAAAACCUCGAUUUACAUCAAGUCAACGUUUAAGUGAAUCUUCAAAAUCAUCAUCAUCUAUCAAUUGGCAAAAAAACACUGACAAACAACUUAAACAAUUACCAGAGAAAUUCACUAAACAAUCACCAGAUCAACAUUUAAAUCCAAAUUGUUCAAAUAAUUUACAAGCACAUACAAAACGUUCUCAUUCUUGUACACCAUUACUCGAUGUUGAAUGUAUUCAUAAUGAUCAACGACGAAGUUCAUCUAUUCAUACACUUUUACAAAUUCGUCGAGAUUCAGCAAAAAUAAGUGAAGAAUUAGCUAAUUUAACUGCUCAAUUAUCUGCAUCAAUGAAUAAUGAUAAUUUAGCAAGUAAACGUCCUUCACUUUCUGUUCCAGGAACAACAGCAGAACCCAGUGAAUAUGAUACACCAACAAUAGAUCAAUUACUUGCUGAAACAAGUGUUAAUCAACCAAUUAUUAUUCCAAAAUCAUUGCUUACAAUUGAUCCAAAAAAACGUCAACGAUCACAUAGUGCUGAUAUUCGUUUAUCAACAUUUGAUUCGAAUGAUGAUAAAACAACAAUAACAAACCUACCGAUUCCCAAUCUUCUUGUUACACAUGAAAGUAUUCCAAAUACUCCAAAGAAUAAUUUUCAACGAUCAACACCAUCAUUAACAUUUGACAAAACAUGUCAACGUAUUAAAGAUUGGAUUGCAAUUACAACUUCAUCAACAGCUCUUGAUAAUGAUCAUCAUUCAACAACACCAAUACGUUGUACAUCAGCUAUUAAUAUUACAGAAAAUACACCAAUGUUAACAAAACAUCAACAUUAUUAUCCACAAUUUACUAAUCUUAGACGAUAUUAUCCUGGUCUUGAACAAUUAUAUGGACAAACAACAGCACCAAAUUUAAUGUCACGUCAUCAACAACUUUUACUUGUUGAUGAUCAAGUUUCAUCAGCUCAACAUUUUGCUUCUUUGCAACGUUUUAGUGGUGGUUCAAUAACAUCAUCAAUGAUAAAAGCUCGUCUUCUUCGACAUAAUCGACCUAGUACAACAUCUUCAGCUGGUUCAUCAUCUGUACAAGGUACAAAACGUCAACGCCCACCACGUCUUAUUGAUGGAAUGUCACAAGCUAGUUUUCAAAUGGUUUCAUUAGAUACUGAAGAUACAUCAUCAUGUACAUCAAGUCUUACUCAACAUUC